AAACACUACUGAUCGCUUUAUGCUAAAAAAAAAUUGAAAAUAAGCGCUGGCCUGAUGGACCAAAACACAUGCGGUGAUCACAUGCGAAUGAUGUCAUUUGUCUAGGUCCCCCGGGAGGUCAGACUUUAGUCCUCCGCGGCUAGAAUGGUCCAAAAACGGACGUCUGAAGUUCUCUUCGAAAUGUCUAUUGAGAGAAUGUGUCUGUUGAGAGAUAGAGCAUCUUUUGGUUUGGUGGAGGCAGUGUGGUUGAGUGGUUUAGCGCGCUGGUGUUGAAACCCGGAUGCCCUACAGCCCCUAGUAUAACUUCUCGCACUCCGGAGUUUAACCGUGUUAUUUUUUUAUAUAUAUUUUGUCUGUUCGAGUGGCAUAUCUUGAAAACAGCUCGCUCAUUGUAUUUCGAAGCUAAGUGCACUGGCCGCUAUCAUCACACUUUUAUUGUUUUUAUUUCAUAAUUGGAAAAUAGAGAGAUUCGAUGUGUAAAAAGACGACUGUGAACAACAAACAACUCGUGCGGUAUUUAUUUCGCAAUGCAUAAUUUUCAUUAUACAUCUGUCAGUUUAUGCAUCUGCCAGUCUCGAGUUCAAAUUUUUCGCUUUUAGUCGUCUUCUGGAUAAUUGGCAGCUGAAAAGAGGUUCCAUUCGUCUAUUUGCCAUUACAAGAAAACAUACCUCGACGAGCUGUCAUCCUGCAUAGCUGGUUAUUUGGGGACACCCUUCAUUUAUACCCUACAAAAAGCUGUACAACUGCUUUGUGUUAAUACGAGUAGUCAAUAUUUUGCUGGCGUCUUUUUUAGAUCCUUCUACUAAACGCAGCCGUCUGUUCCUUUGGGAUGACUAAAUUGCUCUCUUGAUCACAGAGUCGGCAAAGGCGCUUGCAUUUGAUUGGUUGCCAACCAAAACCAGCUCUUGACAUUUUCUCGUAAGCGAAGUGUCGCAAAUUGCACGCUCGUGAAUGCAGAGCUGAUUUUCAAAUUUAAUUUGCAAGCACCAAAAUCAACCUCAGUCCGCCUGCUGAAAGGGAAUAUCAAAACGAAUCAGAGGUAAGAAAAAAGAGCAUUCUAUUCAAAUCUCUGAUUCGAAGAGAAGUUUAUUUCCACUAACGGGAUCGAGAAAAAUGGCUAUUCACGCCUGUCAUUUUUAAAAAAGUUUGUUUUUCUUAGUAGCCAUGUCGUAGAUAGAAAAAAUCCCUUCGAGCAAAAAGUAUAUACAGUAGUUGGCUUUCCGGUGAUUAGCAGAAUACUGUUUCACCGGCGGCCCCCGAAAGCAAAAACAAUCUUGCCUUAGUCUUGGCAGGUUAUCUAUUAUGCAAACGAAAAAAAUUCUGGCAUUUGCUUAUUUCCUCUGCAAACAAAAGCAAGAUUAAACGUUUUGCUUUUCUCUACUUAACAUACAGUCACAAAGUGAAGCACAAAUUUGAAUACUGUUAAGUCUGAAGACGGAUGGGCAAGACGAGAUUCGUUCCCGUUAAAUCACAUUUUUGCCAAUAACAUUACUUUGUUUUUCUGUCCAAAGGGAACAUUUUCAGAAGCUUGAAUUUUAUUUAGCUAAAGGAUAUGCAAAUCUGGAUUUACGUGAUAUUUUUCACAUGGCACGGAAACUUACACGCUGUAAACCCGCGCGCUGUACAUCAAAUCCGACGGCGCGAGGUAAGCCUACAGCCUUCCACUUCAUCCGGGACAUCAUUAUCUCCGUCCGCGCCAUCGUCAACUCCGUCGAUACUAGCGGACGCACAUUUAACAACUGCAAGCUUGGUAUCAACCCCAGUGGCCUCGAGCGUUCCAAGAAAACCCUCACUGCAAAGCGAGGCAACCGUCAAAUCUCAAUCUAAAAACGAGGCAUAUCCUCUCUCCGCGAGUGAACCUCGAUCUGAAACAGAGCCUGUAACCAAGGCACAAGCUGAACCUCGUUCUGAAGGAGAGGUUAGCCCAGAAGGCGAGUCGACGUCAGAGCCAACUUAUGACCCAGGAGGAGAAUCAGAGCCUUACGCGGAGCCAGAAACUUGGCCUGAGCCGGGCCCUCAAUGGAAAAGGGCCUUUGGACAAUGGAAGGCCGCCUGGCACAUUCACGUGUAUCUAUUCGCUACUGCAUUUCUCUGCAUUGGCUUUUAUGCUGGUUAUUAUGUCGUGUUAAACAUUUACGACGGUUUGGGCGGCAAGUAUUUAAGCGUCUGUUUAAACGGCAUGGUCCUUCUGUUUGGACUAACAAGGGCCUUCGUGUUGUUUUUGGAUCCUUAUCACCAAGGGGGCUUUAUAAAUGCUCUUUUUGUGAUGCGCCUGUUAUGGUCCAUAGGUGGCCCAUGCUUGACCGCAUCGGACUCGCUUAUUAUUUUGGCCCUCGUAGAGACCGCACAAGUUUCCAUUGCGCCGCCGAAGUUCCAGAAGCUUGGAACGAUUUCAAUUGUAAUUGGCGUUCAUUUUGUUCUUGUUAUUGUAGCAGAUACGGUCGUAUCUUUGUAUAUGGAAGCUAAAGUCAUGAUUUUACUCUGCCAAAUAUUUUUCUCCUUAUGGGGAACUGUGCUGGGUGCCGGAUACGCGAACCUCGCUUACAAACUCGACAAGAAACUCUUCAGUCAUAAACAGAUCAAAGACAAGGGCGACAAAAUAUAUAUAUUUCUCAUUUAUGCUUCUGCUGCGGCGAAUUUCUUUAUCUGCGGUGUUAUGGUGUACACCAUGGUGGGGGUGUUUGGCGUUUAUGCAGACAUUGAGUUCGUGGAUGCCUGGCAUUGGUGGACUUUACAAACUCUAUUUCGCUCAGGCGAGGUUAUCACGUGCGUAUUAAUCUUCACUGUCAGUGCCAAGAGGUCACGUAUUAAGCGAGCUUUAGAUGAAGUCUCCGAAUUCGAUUCACAGUCACGAACAUUUGACCCAACAAGCGGUUGUUCGGCGUUCAGAAAGCUUCAAAUACUCUUUGACAGACUAAGGAACGGAAACAGAGUCUCUGAAACUGCCGUUUGUGUCGAAGAAACGGAGAACACUACAGGAAGGAACAGAAGUAGCUUUAAAAAGAAAACUGCGAACACAGCCAGCGAGGAAGAUGAUACGCUCCCCCCCGUCUUUGAGGCAUUUCAAGAGAGGGGCAGGGGGAGAAGACAAAGCUUGUUUUCUCACAUGCAGGCAGUGACCGUCGAAAAUCAAAUUUCACAGCUCCAACUAGCUCCUGCUGUUGCAUCCAAAGGAAGAAGACGAAGACAAAGUUUAUUCUCUGCUAUGCACGAGGCCAGCAUCAACAACGCAAUCUCUAAUUUUGCUCAAGUGUUGACUCAAGCGAGCGACGAACCUAUGAAAUGCGAGUCCGUCGAAUCAGAUGAAGAACCUAGCGAGGAGCCUAAGGCCCUUCCUCGCAGGGGCCGGCGUACGAACGUAUUCUCAACCCUUCCGGAAAUAAAGCCGGAGAAAGUUCUCCAACGUCAAACAAUGAUGGAGGACAUAAGGGAAGAGUCCACAUUUUAUGAAGCAGAAAGCGAAUCGAGCCGCCCUCGACCUCAAUGGCCUCUAAUGAAGAGGCGGAGCUCAGAGAGAUUACGUCAAAUACUGUCUCACUGGCUUUCCUUUAAAGAUUCUAGAAUCGAAUCAAAACAGGACAUUGUUGAAGAAGUCGAACCUGUUGAAAAUGAGGAAAAAUCUACCGCGGACUCUCUGCCAGAAGAAACCUGUCAGUGAAGUAAAUCAGUUACAAUCACAAGCAACUCAAACCGGCAGUCUGGCUGUCAAUCAUACAACAGAUUGACAUUUGAUGGCCUUGCAAACGCUUCAAUUGUCGAGUUUAUCUCUCGCAUUGCAUGUCCUACUGUGUUUUUAGUAGAGCUCCUAGACGAACCCAGCAAACGAAAUUCUCUCAGAUGGGAUUGAGAAACAUCAUUUGUUUCGUAAAAUAUAAAUUAUUCCUAUACUGGAGUCCGCUUUACGGGAGGAAUCACUGGUGCAAUCGACUUCCUUGCCGUAGUAAAACCCCCCAAACUUAACGCAGCGGAGACACAAAAAAACUGUAAAUAAAGAUAUUUUUAAUAA